AUGGAUUGGCGAUGCGGAACACUUGGACACCGACGAUCGUGCCAUGACGUUGCUGCAAGCGUCCCCGCAGCAUCAAACCAGAUUGCGCAGGAGUCGCAUAGCUUGAUGCAAAAAAGCGGGCGGCUGGCCACGCCAUUUUCUGCCUCUAGAGAAGCAACAGAGAAAGACGUCAACCCUAGCGACGAUCUUGACAUGACGCCAAACUCUUCUUUCGAUCUGGAAAUAAAUGUCGUUGUCCUGCCUGAUCAGCCGGACCUGAGUUCCCUGAUGCCGCCCCGCAGCCCGGAAACAUCAUAUCCAAUGCCCAUGGAUGGCUUUGCACGACUCGCGCGGCCUCGCUCGGCGCCUGGUCAUCUAGGGCCAUCCAAUGCGCCUUCUGUCUCCAAGAGCAAAGAGACCCCGGUUGAAGGCAGGUUACGACGAAACCGGUUGUUUUUGGCAUGGCUAGGCAGAGGAUAUCGAGAAGUUGCCCAGGCAGCUGAGGAUGGACGACAGGCACAAGGGCUUUUGGACGAGAACAUUAUUGCUACAGAUUUCGCAACACGAGCGCAUUGUGAGCGAUGUGAGAGUGGCACGGCGGAAGUGGAAGUCUCUACAACCCAGGUUGGGCAAGCAGAAAGCGCGUCGUUUGUGGACGGGGCUGACGAGUCUGUGUUGCCCAGGCAAGAGGGUCAGGGUGCGGCACACGAGGAGAAACACUCUGCCCGGUAG